CGGAGGCGGGAGGCGCAGCCGCGGCCGGGGCGCGUCUGCGCUACUGACCUGGACGAGGUAGACCAUGACUGUCCCUUUGGUGGCGUUGCUCGCUGGCCCGCUUUUCCUGAGGUUUCCCUAAGCCAUUCCCUGGUGGAACCGCUCUCAGAUUUUGUGUACAAGUGCUUUGGAAAAGAUGGCUGAUAUUAACCUCAAGGAAAUAACCUUAAUAGUAGGUGUGGUUACUGCCUGCUAUUGGAACAGUCUCUUUUGUGGUUUUGUUUUUGAUGAUGUUUCAGCAAUACUGGAUAAUAAAGACUUGCAUCCAUCUACACCUUUGAAAACUUUAUUUCAGAAUGACUUCUGGGGAACCCCUAUGUCUGAGGAGAGAAGUCACAAGUCUUACCGUCCCUUAACAGUAUUGACAUUUCGCCUAAAUUAUCUGUUUAGUGAACUGAAACCGAUGUCGUAUCAUCUCCUAAAUAUGAUUUUACAUGCUGUGGUCACUAUAAUAUUUCUUAAAGUCUGCAAACUUUUUCUGGACAGCAGAAGUAGUAUGAUUGCUUCUUUACUCUUUGCAGUACACCCAAUACACACAGAAGCAGUAACGGGUGUUGUAGGAAGAGCAGAACUUUUGUCAUCUAUCUUUUUUCUAGCUGCAUUUUUGUCAUAUACCAAAUCUAAAGGACCGAAUAAUUCCAUAGUGUGGACUCCAAUUGCAUUGACAGUGUUUUUAGUGGCUGUUGCAACAUUGUGUAAAGAACAAGGAAUAACAGUUGUGGGAAUUUGCUGUGUGUAUGAAAUAUUUAUUGCUCAGGGGUAUACUUUACCAUUAUUAUGUACUACUGCUGGACAGUUUCUUCGUGGAAAGAGUAGUAUUCCAUUUUCUAUGCUGCAGACAUUAGUAAAACUCAUUGUUUUGAUGUUCAGUACAUUAUUACUUGUUGUGAUUAGAGUCCAAAUUAUUCAGUCUCAACUUCCAGUGUUCACCAGGUUUGAUAACCCAGCUGCUGUAAGCCCAACUCCUACGAGGCAGCUAACUUUUAACUACCUCCUUCCUGUCAAUGCGUGGCUUCUAUUAAAUCCUUCAGAGCUCUGCUGUGAUUGGACCAUGGGAACAAUACCACUUAUAGAGUCAUUUCUAGAUAUUCGAAACGUUGCCACAUUUACUUUCUUUUGUUUUUUGGGGGCUUUGGGAGUAUUCAGUCUCAGAUAUCCCAGUGAUUCCUCCAAAACUGUUCUAAUGGCACUUUGUUUAAUGGCGUUACCAUUUAUUCCUGCAUCGAACCUUUUUUUCCCAGUUGGAUUUGUUGUUGCUGAACGAGUAUUAUAUGUUCCUAGCAUGGGGUUCUGUAUUUUGGUAGCCCAUGGAUGGCACAAAAUAUCAAACAAGAGUGUAUUUAAAAAGUUAUCCUGGGUUUGUCUGUCUUUGGUGAUAUUCACUCAUGCCUUAAAAACAAUCCACAGAAAUUGGGAUUGGGAGUCUGAAUAUACGUUGUUUAUGUCAGCCUUGAAGGUAAAUAAAAAUAAUGCCAAAUUAUGGAAUAAUGUGGGUCAUGCUCUGGAAAAUGAAAAGAACUUUGAGAGAGCUUUGAAAUACUUUCUACAGGCUACCCAUGUUCAGCCAGAUGAUAUUGGUGCCCACAUGAAUGUAGGAAGAACUUAUAAAAAUUUAAAUAGAACCAAAGAAGCUGAAGAAUCUUACAUGACGGCCAAGUCACUGAUGCCUCAAAUUAUUCCUGGUAAAAAAUAUGCAGCCAGAAUUGCCCCUAACCACCUCAACGUUUAUAUUAAUCUGGCCAAUCUUAUCCGAGCAGAUGAGUCCCGGCUAGAAGAAGCUGAUCAGCUGUAUCGACAAGCGAUAAGCAUGAGGCCCGACUUCAAACAGGCUUACAUUAGCAGAGGAGAAUUGCUUUUAAAAAUGAAUAAACCUUUCAAAGCAAAAGAAGCGUAUCUUAAAGCACUGGAGUUGGACAGAAAUAAUGCAGAUCUUUGGUAUAACUUGGCGAUUGUUCAAAUUGAACUUAAAGAACCAAAUGAAGCUCUUAAAAACUUUAAUCGUGCUUUAGAACUAAAUCCAAAACAUAAGCUAGCAUUAUUCAAUUCUGGUAUAUUAAUGCAAGAAUCAGGUGAGGUUAAGCUCAGACCUGAAGCUAGAAAACGACUUCUAAGUUAUAUAAAUGAAGAGCCACAAGAUGCUAAUGGUUAUUUCAAUCUGGGAAUGCUUGCCAUGGACGACAAAAAGGACUCUGAAGCAGAGAUGUGGAUGAAGAAAGCCAUAAAAUUACAAGCUGACUUCAGAAGUGCUUUGUUUAAUCUGGCUCUGCUGUAUUCUCAGACUGCAAAGGAAUUACUGGCUUUGCCAGUUUUAGAAGAGUUACUCAAAUACUAUCCUGAUCAUAUUAAGGGUCUCAUUUUAAAGGGAGACAUUCUAAUGAAUCAAAAGAAAGAUAUACUUGGAGCAAAAAAAUGUUUCGAAAAGAUUUUGGAGAUGGAUCCAAGCAAUGUGCAAGGAAAGCACAAUCUUUGUGUUGUUUAUUUUGAAGAGAAAGACUUAUUAAAAGCUGAAAGAUGCCUGCUUGAAACAUUGGCAUUAGCACCACAUGAAGAAUAUAUCCAGCGCCAUUUGAAUAUAGUCAGGGAUAAAAUUUCCGCAUCUAGUUUAAUAGAACAGCCAAUAUUCCCAGUUAGUAAGACUUCAGGAAACAAAAUUCCAACCGAAAAUGCAAGAGAAAUAAGAAGUGAACCCCAACCCACACAGGUAAUAAAAACAAGUGAUAAUAAAAGUUCAUCUAAAACCAACAAGCAAUUAGGAAAAGAUACAGACAGUGAGACCCCUCACAAAACAACAAAAGAAAUAAAAGAAAUUGAGAAGAAAAGAGUUGCUGCUUUAAAAAGAUUAGAAGAGAUUGAACGUAUUUUAAAUGGUGAAUAGCAUUACAUUUUAUUAUGUGACAAUGGUUUCAAAGAACUAAAGACUAUCAAUUGAUUGCUUAUGGCAACUUUGAAAAAUAGCAAAGAUUCUUAACAGUCUAUCAUGAGCUGCCUAUAUGUAGGAUCAAAAUAAGAUUUUUAUUAAACACCUAUCUUAUACCAGGUUAUGUAUUCUAAGAUAUUACAUAGUUUUCUGAGUUUUGGUGAAGAUAGCCGAAAUAUAAAAUAAUAGGUGGCUAAUUUGUACCUUUUAUUAUAGAAGGAAGAUUCUUCCAGCAGAAUUUAAUUGACUACUCUCAAUUAAAAAUAGUCUUGAGGCCUGAAUGAUAAUUCCUUGGGGGCAAAUCCAACAUUUGCUAUUUCAUUCUAUGAAUUUCCGUUUAUUACUGACUUCAUUUUUCCUUCACCUGUUGAAAUUUGGCUAUGAAUUGAAAACACUUACUGAACACUUAUUUUUUCUUUAGUGACUUUCUGUUUAACCAAGGGACUUUGCCUAUAAAAGAAUACUGGCUUUAUGCGUAUUCUUUUAUUGAUUUUUAGAAGGAAUGCUAGAUGAAACAUUUUAAAGUAAGUCAUGACAUGUGAGAUUAAGAAUGUAUUUUUAUAAUUGUGUGCUGUCCUUCACUCUAAAAUGCAAAUUUCAAUCAGGUAAAGUUUUAAAUAUAUGUAUGUACAUACAAUACAUUUUUAAUGGUGCUCAUAUAUACUGUAUUUUUAUUUUCUUAACAUACUGAGAAUUUCACAGCAUGAACCACAUAAUCAUGAUUAUCUUUGACUUAUAUUCCCCAAACUAUUCAUAUUUCUUAGGGUCAUAGUCAUAUUAAGAAGUCUCAAAAACUAUAACUUUAUUUAAAACACGGUAAGUUUCUCUUUCAUCUUAAGAUGUAUUAUCUCUCUAGUGUUAUUUGAAGUUGAAUUUUGUUUCCAAAAACAAU